CACCCUCAGAGUUUGCGCAACCACAGCACCUAGAAGCAGUAGGCUAUUCGUUUACCUAGCUGUUUUACUGUCAAUGCAUUAUACUUGUGGGAGUUAAAACUGGUUCGCGUCGUUUCCUGCACUUCUACGCUCAAAUAUAAACGGGCAUCCACGGUUGGAACAACGGAAGACAGAAAAAAAGAAAGCACACAAGGAGAAGACGUCGUUUUGUCUCCCUAUCAGCCUUACAUAUUUAUCAUAGACUACGAGUAGUCAAUUAACGGCACGGACAAACAGACUGUGUCUUAACUAUGGGAUCUUUGGUCCUCAGAAGUUUGUUGGUAGUAGUCGCUGUUCUGGAAUUUGGUUGCUCGGCAUUGGAAGGUACCAGUCAGCUUGACCCUGACAUUACCCAGAGAGAGGUGACCUUUGACCUUGAAGAUCUUUGGGAACACAUAGAACUCCCAGAAGCUGACCCUGAUGUGACCCAAAGAGAAGUGACCAUUGACCUUCCCAAAAUUUUGAGAGAAAGAGGAUCCAGGAGGGGGGAACCAGAUAUGACACAAAGGAUGGUGGAUCCUGUUCUCGAUGGUCAUUUUGAGGAAAUAGAUCGCCCAAUGUUAUUCCCUCGCUCCUUCGAACCCAAACUGCCAUUUCCUCCUGCCCGCCCUUACUUGCACAACUUUCCUGCCAUCUGUCACCAUGGUGAGGGUCGCCAUAAAUACUCACGAAGCUCCUUCCCCCAGGAUCGUUUCACACACCUGCAAAGACAGGGAGAUGCCAUCGGCAAUGUUGAGUCCUUGUACAGUUUCUGUUGCGAGAAGAAUGGGACACUGGGCUCAAAGCUUUCCCUCUGCUGUGCUCAACAGGCGUGGGAGCAUGCUCUCAACAAUUUCUGUGAUGAAGAAUUCUCCAUCAAGACCAACCAUUACCAUUGUUGCAGGAAGCGGAGUGUAGCCCGGUGGAGCUGUUUUGAGAAGGGCGCUCCCAACAAAUCUUACCAGCCUACCAACAGAUUUUACCAGCCUACCAGCAAGGGUUCAGUGGCCCCAAAGUCACCUUCAGAGUCAGAGUUUAACUGGAACCCCGACAACUGCCAGCGGACAGACUUGGAGCCCAGGGAGUUUCGUGAAGAUCCAAAAGUUCCAGACAUCCGCUUCCCACCUGGUAGGCCCACUUCUUCCAACAUAAGAAUGAUCUGCGAUCUCCGCAAGAUCCGCCCCCGAUACGACCUCAAAUGUCUGCCAAGUGACAGAUAUGGCUGGCUUGCACGUCAGUCAAAGGCCAUCAACAGGUUGGAGAAGGGCAUAAAGCAGUGCUGUAAGGGGCAGGAUGAGGUGCUGGCCUGUGCUGAUGGAAAGUGGCAGGCGGAGAUGGACAGGUACUGUAAGGAGGAGCGGUCUGUCAAAAGCAAUGUCUUCUCCUGCUGUGAUAUGCCCAAGGGACAAGACCGUUACAGCUGUAUUUCGGAAAGCGCACCCGACUCAACAUACACAUAUGAAAUACGCCCAAGACCGAUCGACUCUGUUUUCGUCAAACUCGACCUGGUCUGUGACACACACAAGCUGCUCGCAAAGAAAUUUCCUGUGCCAUUUCCCGUUAAAGGUUUAGUAAGUCAGUGCUGUCACCUACCUGCAGCUCAGAGAACAGCAUGUGUGCAAGGAGAGCUGGAUGACCUGAUGGAGAGAAUGUGUACAGAAAAAGAACCCCUGCCUCCAACCGUUUCCCCCGACUGCUGCUUGCAGACUUCCCCUCCUGUAGCCAACUGUCUCUUCAAGUUACUGGAAGAUGCCCUCAUCAAAGCAAAACGUUAUUCUCCAAUCAAGAGGAAGUGCCCCCUGGUCUAGCUUCUGAUUAAUUUUCCUUGACUUUCACAGAAGUGCUUUUUUCUGCUGAUGAUCAUCGAUGUAUUCAGAUGAAAUUUGGGUGAAAUUGGAAUAAAAAUGUCUCUGCAGGUUCAAAUAAUCAAUUAUGCGCUUGUAAAAUAUUUUCUUUUGAUAUAAUUAGAACAUGGGCACAUUGAUAUUUGUAUUUCUGUCACUACUAAUAUGAUACCUGUUACGCUGUAUUCUGGACUCAAGGAGAAGUGCCCCCUGGUAUAGCUUUAAAUAUAUUGUAUUUGAUAUUUGUAUUUGUCACCACUAAAAUGAUACUUGUUAUAUUUGAAUUUAUUUGCCAUGUUUGUAAGGUACAUUUUCUCUGCACCAUUUUCAGCACUGCUAGCUGGGAUGACCAGUAGUUCAAAUACGUGUAUAUGCAUUUGUACAUAUGCAUUUCAUAUGUAACAAGGGAUGUUGUCCUUAUUUUUUGUAUGAUUUACACCUCCAAAACAACCUAUGCUUCCACUAUUUUGAAUGUAGUUUAUAGAUACAUUUAUUGGAAAGGUAUUUAGUGUUUCAGAACAAAACACAUAAGUGUAUUUUUGCACAUCUCUGACUCCCAGAACUUAAUUUUCACUGUCUGCAAUCUUGUACUCGAAUAAACAUUAAAAUAAAUGUAGAUAUUUUCAACAUAAACUA